AUGUAUUCCUGUGGUACUAUAAUCGCCAAACGGCGCCGCGACGAAGACUGCGACGGGGGCCGCGGGUAUAGCCACGAGAGCAGCACCAAUGGGUCAGCGUGCUACAGUCCAAAAUCAUUACACAAAAGACAUCGCGCCAGCAUCAUCGAUAUUCAAGAUUAUAAUGGCCACAUGGAAACUGCAGACGAAAUGAUGAUGGACAUAUAUGAACCAUUAUCACCGCCGUUAUCCGAACCCGAGACCUUAUCAAUACCCACGACCAAGCAAUCGAAGCCCUUUGAUGCCAUCCUAGCUACCACACCACUAAGCCAACACCUUCUGCCGGAAGGUUUAUACAAUGAAAUUGGAUUUCCCUCGAGCAUACCCAAUCUGAUCUCUCAUAUAAUUGAGCCUCGGGACCAAACCAGCAUAACCCCUGGCACAACAUAUCGAAAUGUCAAGCUUGCCAUUGAGGCGAUUGCCCACCAUGUUGGACCACAAAGCUCAUCCGAGAUCAAGACCGAUGCUCUCAUCGUCUUGAGAGAUGUUGCAGCGAUAAUACUUGAUGCGCGACCAACGCAUCAAUCUCUAGAAGUCAAGGCGGCAUUCGAGAGAGACGACUGCAUACCUCAGCUCAUGCUGCAGAUACUCCAGACCAUGUCGACAGAGGAUAUCGCGCGGUUGAGUCAAGAAACCACUCAUGGAAGCAAUUUUGCUUCGCUUCUGCGGGCCGCGCAUGAAAAAGCUGUCGAAAAUUAUGUCGCUGGAUUUUACGACUUUUCUCUUGUUUUGGAAGCAAUAAGGUAG